GGGAGUGGGGAAGCAGUCAGGAGAGGCCAAGUGGCGAGGGCUGUGACUGCAGGGUGGGAGGGAGGUGCCCUGAGCCAGCGUUUGUGUGCUGGGGACAGAGAAGCGGCUGAGACUGGAGUUUCUGUCCUGUGCGAGCUGCUUCCCUGGGCCUUGGCCGUUCCCAGCAAGGAGCCUCGAGUUCCCAGCAAGGAGACGUACGAGUGUGUGGCCUCGCUGGCUCCACUUCCAGCCCCCAAACCCAUGGUGAUCUCCCAGCUGGAAGGAGGGGAAGAGCCCUGGAUCCCAGCUGUGCACAGCCCAGAGGUCGUGGCAGAAGACGUUUGCCCAGGAGGAGGUGGGAUCACAAAUAGAAAGGAGGAUCUGCAGAAAGGUGGUGUGGCCGAAAGGCAUUGGGGUAGUGUCUCUGUGGAAGAAAUGCGAAGGGAUGUCCGUGGGGGCCUGGAGCAAGGAGAGCACUUGAAGAAGGCACUGGGAAACCAUUCAGGAAAGAGAGUGAGGAACGCGCAGGGCUGCAGCACAGGUAAGGAGCAGCUGGAAGUCCUAAGGCGCAAGGAAGAGUGCCAGAAGAAAAGGCAGAAUCGGUGUGAUGAGUCUGGGAAAAGCUUUAAGAGGUAUUCCAGCCGUGUUAACCAUGAAAGUAUUCGGCCUGGGGAGAGACUAUGCAAGUGUUGUGAUUGUGCAAAGAGCUUCAGAAGGAGUUCUGAUCUCAUUGUCCAUCAGCGCAUGCACAGAGGAGAGAACUGCUUGAAGUGCCCUGAGUGUGGGAAGGGCUUCAAAAGGAGUACCCAUCUCAUCACCCACCAGCUUGUCCACACAGCAGAGAGACCCUACAAGUGCCCUGAGUGUGAGAAGAGCUUCAAAAGGAAUACCCAUCUCAUCCGCCACCAGCGCAUCCACACAGGAGAGAGACCCUACAAGUGCGCUGAGUGUGGGAAGAGCUUCAAAAGCAGAAGUGAACUCAUCAGCCACCAACGUGUCCACACAGGAGAGAGACCCUACAAGUGCUUUGAGUGUGGGAAGAGCUUCAAAAGCAGUAUUGAACUCACUGUCCACCAGCGCAUCCACACAGGAGAGAGACCCUACAAGUGCCCUGAGUGUAAGAAGGGCUUCAAAAGCAGAAGUGAACUCAUCAGCCACCAACGUGUCCACACAGGAGAGAGACCCUACAAGUGCCCUGAGUGUGGGAAGAGCUUCAAA